AUGGAGUUUCGUUGCCAAGGGCCUUUCCCUAUCUACCUGCCUACAUCAGCUGAAGGAGCUGCACCGCUACCAGCUCACACAGUGGCACUACUCGAGAUCCACCGCUACCAGAAGUCCACCAAGCUGCUCAUCCACCAGCUGCCAUUUCAGCGGCUGGUACGCGAGAUUGCGCAGGACUUCAAGACCAACCUGUGCUCCCAGAGCUCAGUCGUCAUGGUUCUGCAGGAGGCGUGCGAGGCCUACCUGGUGGGACUCUUUGAGGACACCAACCUCUGCGCACUCCCCAUCAGGUGCAUCACCAUUAUGCCCAAGGACAUCCAGCUGACAUAA